AUGCGAGCAGCACUGGACACCACGAUGGAGGUCCUUGAGAAGCAGCUGGCGCAGCAGCAAAGUUCUGCUGAGGCUGCCCAGUGGUUGUGGUCCAAACACAUCGAACGGCUGAAGGUUCAUCUGAAACGUCUGGUGGAGGCCUAUCGCUUAACCCUCGCAGCCAUGUGCCAAGCCGAGCUGCCUCUGGGCACCAAGGGAUUGCGGUGA